GAUGCGCUUCAAUUCAUCCGCAAUGCGGGGACUCCGCCGAACUCCACUCAUAGGUCGUCAACAACACCGGUUCAAUUCUACAGGUGCAGGGCCUAUCAACCAAACUGCUUUCUGGACUACCAACAAAGUGCUGCUAUUGAGUGCUUUUACUGGAUCAUUGGCAUACACUUAUGGAAUCUGGGAUGCUGGUUCCAGUUACAAGAAAGAUGGGGUAAAUGCUUCUCAGGCGCCGGUAUAUGCUAAGAGGACAGAGUGGGGGAAGGCCAAACUUGGUGAAGACUCGAUUACUACAGAUGAUGAUGAGUUACAUCGACACGGAUACUCAGAGUGGUCGACUAUCAAUGUUGACGUACUCCCCAUUGCCGUCGUAUAUCCCAAGUCCACAGAAGAAGUAUCCGAGAUUGCUAAAGUGUGCUAUAAGUAUAAGAUCCCUAUAGUUCCUUAUUCUGGAGGCUCAAGUCUGGAAGGCAACUUCUCGGCUCCCUAUGGUGGUUUCUGUAUUGACUUCGCCUUCAUGGACAAGAUUGUCGCUUUACAUGAGGAUGAUCUGGACGUAGUGGUUCAACCAUCCAUCGGCUGGAUGAAACUCAACGAAGAAAUCGCCUACAGCAAACUGUUCUUNCCCAUGUGUAAGUUCGGCAAAAUCGUGGACCCCGGACCCUCAGCCAUGAUAGGAGGCAUGGUAGGAACAAACUGCUCAGGCACAAACGCCGUCCGCUACGGCACAAUGAAAGACAACGUCCUAAACCUCACAGUCGUGCUCGCCGACGGCACAAUCAUAAAAACAAAACGCCGACCCCGAAAAUCCUCCGCCGGCUACAACCUCACAGGAAUGUUUAUCGGGUCUGAAGGCACCCUGGGCAUCGUUACCGAAAUCACUCUCAAGUUGCAAGUCAUCCCUCAAGAAACCAGCGUUGCAGUGGUUACUUUCCCGAGCAUUCGCGAUGCAGCAAGUGCAGCUUCUCGAAUCAUCAAAGCUGGUGUUCCUAUCGGUGCAAUGGAGAUUAUGGAUGAAGUGCAAAUGAGUGUUGUCAACAAGUCAAAGUCAACAAAGAAAAUAUGGCGCGAAGUCCCAACCAUGUUUUUCAAAUUCUCAGGCACGAAAGCUGGAGUUAGAGAAAAUGUGGACUUGGUCAAGAAACUCUCCAAACAGUGCAAGUCUAUAGACUUUGAGUUUACGGCUGAUCCGGAGGAGCAGAAGAAACUUUGGUCGGCGAGGAAGGAGUCUUUGUGGUCCAUGCUGGCGUUGAGGAAGGGUGAUGAGGAGGUCUGGUCUACGGAUGUUGCUGUGCCGCUUUCGAGGCUGCCUGAUAUCGUAGAAGUGUCUAAGCGCGAGAUGGAUGAGUUGGGUCUCUUUGCGUCUGUCCUUGGCCAUGUUGGCGAUGGCAACUUCCACGAGAGCAUCAUGUACGAUGGCAAGAACCCAGAGGAAAAGAAGAAGGUCGAGGAGUGUGUGACGAGGAUGGUUGACAGAGCGCUGGAGAUGGAAGGAACAUGCACUGGUGAGCAUGGUAUUGGACUGGGAAAGAAGAAUUCAUUGGUCAAAGAGCUAGGUUUGGAUACUAUUGGCGUGAUGCAGAAGGUCAAGAUGGCAUUGGACCCGAAUUGGUUGAUGAACCCGGGAAAGGUGUUUGAUCACCCAGCCGAGAAGAACCCAAAGGGUAAA